CAUAAAUAGUCCAAACAAAAAGAAUUCUACAAAGGCAUAGUGGGGGAAUCAAUGGGCAGUGAGGAACAAGAUGAGCUCCCUUUAAUCUUCAUCCAUCGUCUUCCCCAAUUCAACCUCCCCCCCAUCUUCACCUCCCGCCUACAAACCCUAUUCCGUCUCAUCGACCCUGCCUCCCAAUCCCACUCCCACUCGGAGGAGUCCCUCUCCGUCGUCAGAGCCCAACUCUGCUUGGAUCCAGCCCCUCUCCAUUCCCAAACCCUCGACCUCCUCCCUUCCCUCCAGUGCGUCGUCGCCACCAGCUCCGGCGUCGAUCACAUCGACCUCGCCGAGUGCCACCGCCGCCGCAUCGCAGUCGCCAACGCUGGCCCCGCCUUCGCCGCCGACGUGGCAGAGUACGCCGUCGCUCUCUUGAUCGAUGUUCUACGGCGGCUUUCCGCCUCUCACCGCUACGUUUGCGCCGGCUUGUGGCCUCUCAAUGGAGACUAUUCUCUCGGUUCCAAGCUGUCGGGAAAACGAGUUGGGAUUGUGGGGCUGGGAUAUAUUGGCUCCGAGGUUGCAAAAAGGCUUCAGGCCUUUGGCUGCAGUAUCUCCUACCUCUCAAGACAGAAGAAGGCACAUGUACCGUUCCCUUAUUAUGCAAAUGCUUGCGAUCUCGCAAAUGACAGUGACAUUCUCAUUAUUUGUUGUUCGCUGACAAAUGAAACCUACCACCUUAUUAACAAGGAUGUCAUGACAGCAUUGGGGAAAAAAGGUGUCAUCAUCAAUGUUGCGCGAGGGGCUGUUGUCGAUGAGAAGGAAUUAGUACAAUUUUUGGUGCAAGGUCAUAUUGGAGGUGCGGGUCUUGAUGUGUUUGAGAAUGAACCAGAUGUACCAAAAGAGCUAUUUGAAUUGGAUAAUGUUGUUAUGUCUCCACAUAAAGCUGUAGCAACCCCUGAAUCUCUCGAAUCAUUGCUAGAGGUAAACAUAGCGAACCUAGAGGCCUUUUUCUCAAAUAAACCUUUGCUGUCACCGAUUGACCUUGAAUAAAGUGGCCUAGAGGGAUUCUCUGAUUGACCUUUUGUUGUUGUGGAUUGACCUUGAGGCUUGAAUAAAGUGAUUGUCCAAUCUUUUCAUGUAUUGGCUUCGGAUAUAGGUAUUGGCAAAUGUUGACAUCAAGAGUUCAUAAGAUGAUCAAUAGAAGCUUCAUGGCGAGUUCAACAUGAGUGUGAAUGAUUGCAAGAGCGACGGUUCUGAUGUUGUGCGGUUCUUGUGGAUGAUAUUGUUUUGGCCUCUUUUUCAUGGCAUUAAGAACGCAACAAAUUGAGAUUUUCAAAAGUAAAUGAAAACAUUAUGUUUGGAUCUGUCAAUGUUUGUGGCGACUUCAACAACCCCGGAAAAUGAAGUAGCAUUUAUCGAACAAAUGUUGAUAGCACAAAUUUUAGAAGACAUUCUGAGAAAUUGUCAGGAAAGCAAGAGUGCUUCAGUUAUGCAAAUUGUCUGGAAAAUGAAGAGGCAAUUGCCGAACAGAGAGGAUUGUAACUUAUUUUUGGUAAUGUUUUGUUUUUUUUUUUUUUUUUUUUUUUUUUUUUUUUUUUUUUUUGUGUGGUUCUUUUUCAUUUGAUUGCUGAGAAAUUGUCAGGAAAGCAUGAGUGGCUCGCUUAUGCAAAUGGAUAUUGCUGUUGCAUAUAAUUAUUAUUAAUUCUUAUGUAAUGUUUGAUGGUAUAUGUAAACACACCCCAAUUGUUAAAA